AUGCUUCGCCAGAUCAUCAUUCAGGCCAAGAGGCGUCCCAGCUUGAUCCCCAUCUUCCUAUUUACUGGAGUGGGAGGUCCUGGAGCAGCACUGUAUGUCUUGCGCCUGGCAUUGUUCAAUCCAGAUGUCAGUUGGAACAGAAAGAAUAACCCAGAACCCUGGAACAAACUGGGUCCCAAUGAUCAGUACAAGUUCUACUCAGUGAAUGUAGAUUACAGCAAACUGAAGAAAGAAGGUCCAGACUUCUAAAUGAAAUGUUUCACUAUAGAACUGCUUAGAAUGAAGUUCUUCCAGAA